GUCCACGCACUCCAUCAGAAACCCUUUUGGCCGACGACAGAAAAGUACCGGUCGGUUGUGACUUAUUAAUCGAGUCAAGAUCAUGCUUGACUCCAAAGUCGAAGAUCUGGAAGCUCUGGCCGAGACGUGCCUCGAGACUGCCAAACAGAUCAAGGGUUACCUCGCGUCCAAGAAACUCCCCCAGCCGACGUUCGACCAGAAUGGACCAGAGUUCUUCCCACCCGUCACUCCAGAGGUCGACGCCGCCAGACUCGACCUUCGCGCUGCUGCAAAGAGACUGUACGAUCUGGCCGCUGGCCCGGAUGAUGUUCUGACCUGGCAUUCAUAUCACUGCGCUCACGAUCUCAAUGCGUUCCGCUACGUCCAUAGAUACAACAUCCCAGCGAACGUCCCACUCAAGUCGACAAUAACAUACCCCGACCUUGCUUCCAAACUGUCUCUGGACCCGUCCCAGCUCAAACAAAUGCUCCGCCAACUCAUGGCGAUCCACGUCUUUCACGAACCCUCGCCGGGCCUGAUCGCACACACGGCAUCGUCUCGACUUCUGACGCACUGGGGCGUCGGCUCCUUCAACCACUUCAUCGCCGAGGACUCGUUCCCCGUGGCCGCGCGUGUGGUCGACGCCCUCGACCACUUCGGACACGGACGACAGGAACCCAACAAGGCGGCACUCAACUACACCUUCAACACGGACAAGGUGCAGUACGAGUGGUACGAGUCCAACCCGGCGGUGCGCGAGCGCUUCAGCAAGAUCAUGACCUUCAUGUCCAAGGCCCCCGUCAUGGCCAACGAGCACGUCGCGAAGGGGUUCGACUGGGCCGGCCUCCCUGAGGGUUCCGUCGUCGUCGACGUCGCGGGCAACAUGGGCCACUGCUCCAUCCCCAUCGCCGAGACCAACCCGGGCAUCCGCAUCGUCGUGCAGGACCUCCCCAAGAUCAUCAACAACGCGAAAGACCCGGCGACCAGCGUGGUGCCGGAACACCUCCGACCGCGCUUCGAGUUUGUCGAGCACAGCUUCUUCGAACCCCAACCCGUCAAGGGCGCCGCCGUCUACUUUUUGCGCAUGAUCAUGCACGAUUAUAGUGAUGAAUAUGCCAUCAAGAUCCUCCGCCCGCUCGUCCAAGCCAUGUCCCCCGACUCGAGGAUCGUUCUCAUGGACCAACUCAUGCCGUCGACCGUCGGCCUGUUGCCCUACGACGUCGAGCGCAUGAUGCGCACGACGGACCUACAGAUGAUGGCCCUGACCAACGCCAAGGAACGCGACGAGGACGAGUGGAAGGAUCUCGUGUCCAGGGCCGGUGAAGGGCUUGUCGAGCAACUCUUUGCUCGAACCGAGGACAAGGGUCGAGGCAAGAUUCUGGGCAUCAAGAACAUCCAGACCCCUCCAGGUAGUACGUUGAGUGUGAUUGAGGUUGGCUUUGUCGAUCAGACGAAAGCUUGAAACCAGGAGCUCAGUCAACCAAUGGGUCUACCUAGUACCUAGGGAGAAACCGAAUAAACCGACCCAGGGGUUCCAGGUUCCGUAAGUACCUGCCUUAUACAUGCGAAACAUAAAACCAAAACCCACAGAGAGGUACAGAGACAAUGUAUAGGACCCAGACACCUCUCAACGCACCUUGGUGCAAGUCUUUUGUUUGUAAAUGGUCAAC